AUGGCUUCGGUCACAAGUCUCGACCAGGACAUGCGCAAAUUGCGCCUUGACCGGUACACGCCUGGAGCCGCGAAAGAAGUAAGAGCAUGGAUUGAAGAUACUCUAGGAGAGAGAUUGCCCCCAGGAGACUUGAUGGAUGCCUUGAAAGAUGGCGUCGCGCUCUGCAAGCUCGUCAACCUAGUCGUCUCUCCUGGCGUCAAGUAUAAACAGUCCAACAUGCCUUUCGUUCAGAUGGAAAAUAUAUCUCAUUUUCUACGCGCCUGUGAAUUACCGCCGUUGAACCUCCCCUCACACGACCGCUUCUUGACUGUCGAUCUCUACGACGGUAAGGAUCCGGCACAAGUUUUACAGUGUAUCUCGGCCUUCAGUCGCGCCGCAAAUGCAAUCAAUCCGGGCGCAUUCCCGUCCACACUUGGUGCGAAGAGUAAAGGGGCAGCCAUGAGCCCGCAAGGAACAGGAUCGAGUGGACCGAGGUCACCGGCGUACACCACCACAACUGCGGCUCGUCCUCGAGGCACAAGCAAUGCUACGGCCGAUAGUCCUUCAUAUACUUUUAACCCGCUGAACAAAGCUGCUUAUUCGGGCCGAAUCAGUCCAACCAAAAACACUCUGGGGAGAGGUGGGCUUGCUACGGGCGGCGCGGUCAGUACUUGGAGCAGCAAAGCUGAUGAAGGAAAGACGGCGCCGGCAUGGAACAUUCAUCAGUACGGGUAUAUGGGUGGAGCUAGCCAGGGCAAUCAAGGUGUCGCAUUUGGCGCACGAAGACAAAUCACGUCUCCCGCUCCCAAUGUACCGAGCGCUGCCGAAAAGGAGAAACGCCUAAAAGAGGAGGCCGAGCGCAAACGCCGCGAUGCUGAAGAAUACGAAAGGCAACAGCAAGCACAAAGGGCCGCCGAAGAAGAGCAAGCCAGACUCGAAGAAGAGCGCAGGUGGGCCGAGGAGACGCGACGGGCUCGAGAACAGGAAAUCGAAGAACAGAGGGCGCAAGAACGCGAACGUCUACAAGAAGAGGAACGUGUGCGACGAGAAGAACAGCGUCGUAGAGAGCGCGCUUACGAACUUGAGCGAGAACGUGAAGCCGCAGAUCAAGCUGAGCGGGAGGCACGAUCGGCAGCCGAGCGGAGUCGCCAACGAGCAACAAGUGACGCUCGCUUGAAUGGACAAUUCCUCAGCCAGUACCAGGCCGAUCAAGCUCGUGUCGACGCUGCUACUUCGCACAAGCAGCAUAUCAUCGAGCAGGAGUCGACUGAGAGCCGACGCAUCGCCGAACUCGAACGUCAGUUAGAAGAACUCAAAGCACAACAACACCAACAUACGCAACCCUCUCCGCCGGCCAGAUCCCAAGUGGAGCCCAGGCAGCCUCCUCUUCCAAGCCGAUCCAACGUCGGCCAAACAAGCCAUGAAGACGACUGGGAUGCGUCGGAGCGAGACUACCUGAGGCGCGAGUGGCAGAAAACCCAAGACGUUGAGGACACACCGCCUGCUAAGCCGCCUCGCCCUGAGCCAGUACCCGCCUCCGCACGGCCCCUUCCCGACCCUAUGACUUAUACGCCCGGCACGAAUCGCACUGAUCGGUACCUCGCGUCCCACGCGGCGCCAGCGCAACCCGUGCCCUCAUCCCACCGUCCACAGGAUUACUCGACCACUACAGAGGUGGACCUUGAGAACCAGCGACGCGCGCAGUCCCAAGCACGCACCAAAGCCGGCGGGUGGGCGUCCAAGUCCCUGCUCGAGCGAGAGAUGGAGCGCGAGCGCGAACGGCAGAGAGAAUGGGAAGAGGGCCAAAAGGACACGGCCGCGCGGGCACGAGAUAUAAGUCAAGGCAGUGCUCCGGGCCAGAGCUGGGACGUGCAUCAGUACGGCUAUAUGGGAGGAGACAACCAGAACCGCGGCGGGACAGGAUUGGGCGUUGGCGGUGCGAGGAGGCAGAUCAUUGGACCUAGACCACCUCCCUGA